UGGUUCCUUCGCUGCACCGGGCUGACAGUACGGCGCUGCUCAGGUAGCCAGCAGUAGUACUGUAGGCUCCCGCUAGUCUACCUAGCGACAAUUUCCCCUCUCUCUCUCCCUCUCUCUCUCUCUCCCUCUCUGCGUGACACGGCUGGAGUGUGUGGAGGUGCGUGCUUCGGACGAAUCCACCCCGCAUCAUCACCAUAUCCCGCUCUGGUCAUCUUAGGGCUCGCCUACCGGCAUUUUCCGUGUCCCGUCUCCGAAGAUGAUACCUGGCAAACGAAGAGCUGCAGUCAUGUCCUUCUCGGUGGCGAUACUUGGAGCGCUGAUGCUGCAGUCCGUCUCUUCCCAGAACGAGCCGUCGAUCACCGCCUCUGAACACAACACACUUCCUGUGGAAGGUGACGCUCUCACGCUGCAGUGCAACCUGACCAGCGCCCACAGUGCUCACGAGGAGAGCUACUGGAUGAAGAAUGGGGAGGAGAUCCCAGAAACACGCAGCUCAAAUAGGAACACUGAGUACAGGCUGAACAAACCAAGGGGAGACGACGCUGGAGUGUACAUGUGUGUCUACACCUUUCAGAUGGCUCCUCCAGCCAACGCCACCAUCGAAAUUAAAUCUGCUCCUGAGAUUACAGGCCACAAGCGUAGUGAGAAUAAGAACGAGGGCCAGCGUGCUGUACUCUACUGCAAGUCUGUGGGCUACCCUCAUCCUGUCUGGACCUGGCGGAAAUUUGAGAACGGCGUUUUCAGGGAAAUUGACAAUUCAACUGGACGCUUCUUCAUCAGCAGCAGAGACAACUACACUGAGCUCCACAUCAUCAACCUGGACAUUAGUUUAGAUCCAGGCGAGUACCACUGCAAUGCCACCAACAUGAUCAGCAGCCGUGACGAGAAGUCUGUGCUGAGGGUUCGCAGCCACUUGGCCCCCUUAUGGCCUCUCCUGGGGGUUUUGGCCGAGAUCAUCAUCCUGGUCAUCAUCAUCGUUGUUUAUGAGAAGCGUAAGAAGCCAGAGGAUUUACAAGACGAUGAUGACCCAGCUGGACCAGUGAAAACCAAUUCGACCAACAACCACAAAGACAAGAACCUCCGCCAGAGGAAUACAAACUGAGCAGCCUGUCUGCUGAGUUUCAUUACACAAGUAUUGACCAUAUGAAGGUAAACAGGAAGGGAAUCCAUACCAGUUGUUAAUAGGACGUAUCUGCCAUUGAAAGUAUGGUUGUGGAGAAGUUAAAUGAGGCAUGCCUUAUGAUUUUGUUGUGUGAGGGUGCGAGGUCAGGAGGUAAUCAAAGCAUUAUGGAAUUGUUAACAUUAUAACCAUUGUUGCUGCAUGCUGUUGUUGACGUUUAUGAUUUUUCCCUCUUAUCCACUAAUUUUACAUUUUUAAUACUUCUAAAGAAAUGCAUGCAAGAUGCUGACCUUCUGUUUGAUACAGAAAUGGCUUUUUUUGUUCUUUUUCUCUGAGAGUGGCUUCAUGUAGAUAAUGCGUACUGUGUGAUCUAGAGGAAAAACAAAACUCGGCAAUGUAAAAGAAACUACCACCAUAAUCUGGUAUGACAGUUGUGUACAGUUUUAUCAUUCCACUGCAUACCAUUUUCUAAGUUUUAUCAUUUUAUCAGACGAUUUAUAUUACAUUUUAAGGGCUUUGCAAUGUCCCUCUAAAUUUGGUUAAGGUUUACUUUACUGUAUGUACUGUAUGUAUUAAAUCACUAUAACUAUGUAUCAGAUCACAGUUAAUAUAAAGACUAUUCAUAUUAUAUGAUGCACUUAAAUGUUGAGAAUAAUGAAAAACUGUAUAAACCUACUUUAGGAAAUCUGUACUAAUCAUUCUAACAUAUUGUUUUAUAAUUAUGUGUAUUGUACAGCAUGGCUAUUAUCCUAUGCAAUUAUUACCCAUAUCAAUAUAUUGAAAAUCAUUGCAGCUUUUCAUUUCUCUGUGACAAAACUUUAGACUAGUAGGAUCACCAUAGGGCGUUGAUGGCAUACUACACAGCUGCAUGAAUUCUCUACAGCUGACGUGGGAGGUGGAGAAAGAAGGCCCACGUCAGGACUGACACAUGUGACGCAAUUCCAAGAUCCCGAGUCAUUUUUAAGAAUAAAUAAUCUGGAAAAAGAAAA